AUGUGCGGUGGUUGGGUGCGACCUGUGGUGAUUGCCCUUUUCUUGGUGUUCAUCUUCCACGGCCCUGCGACCGGAACCUUCGUGGCACAAAAAUCGGCGCAAGCGCCGUGCACGUGCCAGAGCCCGCCUGCACCGCAGGCAAUCCAGAUUCACACACCUGGAUUCGAAAGCUGCAUCGCUGUUGAACUGCCAUCACGGCAGCCAAAUGCCGCAAUCCAUGGUCAAUGGAGCGGCGUGGCGAUGCGAAUGCGGCUCGGUGCAGCUCCAGCGGCACAGCUGGUGUGCGGGAUGUGGCACUCACUUUACCUCUACGAGCUGGAGUACGGUGGGUGCCAGAGGCUGCCAGUGGAUCUAGUGUCGGAAGAGCAGGACAAGGAGACGGUGAAGGCAGCUGGCCAGCAGAUGGUGAUCCCGGGAGGUGCGACAGCAUCUACGGAAGGGGACGCCGAAGUGCUACAGCCAGAGGUCAAGGACAGAUUCACCGAGCUCCUUCACCUGAUGGGGGAUUCCGCACCAGAGACCUUGAAGAUGGAGGUGCAAAAGUUCCUGGCGCCAGAAUCAUGCAAGAAGCUGCGACAUCAAGAUCUCUCCAAGGCGGACAAGUUGGAGCGACAGAUUGCUGCAAGGCUAUAUUCAGCAGCGCGAGACCCAGCUCCAAACACUCGACAAAAGAUGAAGGAGCUGGAGAGCUUGCGAGAAGAGAUACGUCGCAGUGCAGCCAAUGUCAAGAGCACCGAAGCGGCGGUCAAGCCAAUGAGUCAGGUGACACAAGAAUCUGGCGCAGAGGCAGAGAUUUUCCAGAUGGACGUGGACAAGCUCAACAAGCGCAAUGCCAUGUGUCCGUUUGGGCAACCCUCCAAGAUUCCGAAGCUGGAUGGACAAGGGAAGAAAGUGCCAGAAGACCUGGACGACAAGCUGCUGACGGCUGGCAUGAAGAGCUGUGCGCUGAUCAUGACAAUGAACGAGUCCUUCAACAGGAAGUUGGGGGGGGUUGGUGCGGUGACCAACUUCUUUGACUUUGAGGUACAAGGACAGCCGAUGAAUGUUGACCACUUCAGGGUGUUCCCAUUGGCUUAUGAGAUCUACCAGAACAUUCCAUCAUUGCUGAUGGUCGAAAACUGUCGUGGCAUGGACGUCCCGAUUGCUGUCCGAUAUGAAUCACCAGAGCAUGUGCUUCUUUUGACAUAUGUGGCAACACAGAGCCUGCAGGUGUAUAACAUCAUCCAAUGGGUUGGUCUACAUGCCGACAUCAACUACGACCUGGAGAUUGCCAGGAAUGGUGUUCUGGUAAACCAAUAUAGGAUGACCACCUUCCGGCCUGGUGAUUUGCUGUUGAUUCGUGCCCACCCCUAUGACGGGAGCACAACGGAAACAGGAUUCUCUAGUGGAUCAAUGCCAGGAAGUUCUCAAGUCACCUGGUCAUCUCAAGAAGGAUCGGGCGAUGGAAGUUUGCAAUUGCAGUUUCCCCAGAUUGCAGAAGAAGAGAUGGUGGACGACGAUCAUGUUGGUUUCUUUCAAUGGAGGGGACCUCCCUUUCAUGGCGCGAAUCCACGCACACCGCAGCCGGGGCAAGCUCCAGGCAGGACUCCAGAUGAAGCCCUAUGGGAAGUCAACACACGAAUGCAUGGGCUAGAUCUGAUCCAGCAUGAUAUGGGAGCUUUUCUCUGGGCCCGUGAACGUUGGCCUCCCCUGAUCAUCCAUGCUACGUGGGUAAAUGGUUAUUUCGUGGAACCCAUGGGUGAAGGGGGCAUCUCGCAGCGUGAGCUUAUUGUUGCGGUCAGACGAGCGGUACAGAAUGCUGUGCCCCCAUGGGAGAUGCUGGAGUUCGGCUUUGUGAGGCCCCAGCCUACCCCGUGGCAGGCACAGGAUUUGGACGGCAUGCAUUUGUUGGCUGUCCCACGGGCUCUGAGGGCCUAUGAGGUUGCAGUGCUGUUGGUGAUUGAGCAAAUUCGCGAUGGCCGAUCGACAAUCACUUUGAGGCCGUUGUUGGCCACUAGGAGACAGAACAAAUGGAGCUUGCUGCAGAUUGUGGGUCUUGAUCAAGAUUGUGCGGACCAGGUAUGCUCAGUAAGAUGUGGGGCAAUUCAUCCCCUGGGGAGCCAAUGGGUGCUCCUGGAAAGCUGGAUGCGCAUUGACAUUGAGGUGGGUGAGUAUCAGGAUCAGUGUGGAGAACCUCUGGCGCGAAUGGACUUGGGAUCUCCACCAAUCCAUGAGGACACAUCCACCUUUGGGGAUGCGGCCUCCUUUCUUCAGUUCCCGUUCUCCGGCUCGAGUCGGCCGAACCAUGAUGAUGGAACCCUCAUGAUGCUGGAGGAAGAAGAAAUGACCUCCUUUUCACAAGCACCUCUUGAUGUGCCAGAAUUGCCGGUUGAAGUUGCUGUUUUGGCUGACUGGGAGGUCACCAGGGUUUGGGCUGCUGCCGUGGAUGCGGGCUUUCUAUUGCGCUCUAUGGAUGGAUGGCAGUUCUUUAUGCUGGUCCCCACCUAUAUGCGGGAAGGAGAAUACCUCUGUCUUCGACCAGGGCGCAAUCCGCCUGGAGGCAUGGGGAUUCUACGAGGAGCCAUCAACUUCUAUCAUGAUGAAAGAUGGCUUCGAAGGCAAAUGAGGAGGCUCUGGGUUGACUUCAGGGAGCGAGCAUUUAUGCAGGUGCAGUUGCACCCUACUGCGUAUGUCUCAACUCUCCUGCAGAAGUUUGCUCUUCUGGUUGUGGUCGACCUGGGACCACCUGGCACGAAUACACCUGUGGUGAUGGAAUCCAGUGACGAAGAUUCGAUACCCCUGCUGAGCACGCACAUCCUGGCCUUCCGGCUCUGGAGACAAACAUCACGACCUCGCCUGCUGCACAUUUGGAGAACCUGGCAACAAGAUGAAGAACUACGACCGGUCUCUUUAUGGCACAAUGGAGUGGCAGUGGAGCAGGAUGACGAUUUCCCUGUUGAAGCUGGUGAUUACUUCUUUGUGAAAGCGGCUCCGAGAGGAUGCAAGCGACCCAGACUGGACCAGCAGAUUGCCAGAAUGAGCCGACAAAUGGUAUCGGGCCGGUCCUUGAUGCAGCGACACAGGAUCAGACGAGAAAUCUCUGACGUCUAUGAGGUGUAUCAGAGAUAUUCCCCAUUCCCGUCUAUUUUUCGAUGUGCACCUGGACACUGGCUCACUGGCCUACGGUCCUGCAUUUUGGACCACUUGGGGGCUAUGUGGCUUGACACAGACCGCACCAACGCUUUGAUCUUGGAGGUCAAGCCCCAACCGGCUGGGAGACCGAUGGGUGAGAAGAUGGUGGUUCUGGCUAUGCCGGGCUCUUACAUGCCCACACAGAGUGUGAUUUUGGUUGGCCUAUACUUUUCUGACGUGCAGUACAAGCAGGUUCUUGUGAUUCCCCACCUUCUCACCAGGCUACAAUUCAUUCAAGAGCUAGGGCUGACGAAAGAGUGUGGCAAGUACGGCAUCUCUAGAUGCCUAAUUCAAGUCGGAUUCGCACCCUGGGAGCAACAAGAUCCGCAUGCCCGACUACUGGCGCACUCAAGCUAUCUUCAAGUUUGGGUGGAUGGACAAGAUCCAGGCAGUUGUCAGGACAAUGCACCUGAUGAAGGUAUGUCCUCUCAGGAGUCAGAUGACCAGGCUUUGCUGCAGGUUACCUGGCCGGGCCAAGAGGUUCUUGCUCUUCAGAAGCUCUCUCCUCCUGGCAACCCUGUGCGCUUUCAUCCAUGGGUGGAAGAUGAUGAGGACGAAGCGGGUGGUGGACAUUAUGACCCACGAUGUGACAAUGACUUUUGGCUGGAGUUCAUACAGGGCACUACUAACACGAGUCGGGCCUCGGUGCAUGCAGAGAAUGAGACUCAUGUGGAGGCAGUUCGAAGUCAACAAGCUGCCUUGCCCUUGCAGAAUAGCACCUAUUCCCAAGAGGCCACAAAGAUGGAGGAAAUGCGAUCUUCUGCUGAAGUUGGACGGCAACUAAGUGCAUUUGUGGAUAACUUCCUGGCCACUUUGGAUGGAGAAGUCUGCCACAAUCCCUUCGUGAUGCAAUUCUGUAAGGACUUGAAUGCUGACACAUUCCAGGAUGCACAUACAUGGCUCGAUCAAAACGAAUGGGUAGGGGAGAAUGGCGAAGUCAACAACAACCUACCACUUCAGACGGAUGCGGAGAUUGACAAUAAGAAGGUCCCGCUGCGUUUGGAAGAGAUCCUGGGGACAACCUUUGCCCCCUGUAGUACAUUUGGAAGUGAGGGCCCUGGGAUUGACUUCAGAGAGGCCUGUGAGGCUUUGAAUUGGUUCAAUACUCACGUUGUGCAACCACAUUUCAAUCAGCAGCUUCGUUGGCAUGAUCAUAGUUAUCCUUGGAUUUCUCUCCCUCAAUGGCAGCUUCAGGAGGUGAAAGAACUCUGGUUCUACCUUGAUGGCUCCAAGGAUGAAUACGGAACAGGAGCUGCGGUGACCCUAUGGGCAUGGGGUGAAGAAUGGAUGUGGGGUGGAUCUCUACAACAUCAUCUCCAUGGCGAAAUUGAUGCUUACCAUGGUGAAAUUGCGGCGCAAAUGAUGGCCCUGAAAUGGGUACAUGAUCUGUUUCGUACAGUGGGGCGAUCAUGGAGCGCUAAGCCAGCUGUGCACUUUUGCUUUGACUCUGACUCUGCUGCUGGGGUUGUCUUUGGACUUUACUCCAGUACGGAUCCACAAUGUCAGAAGGCCAGGGCUCUGAUGCACAUGGUCCAGGUUGCACAUGAUAUCUUGGUUGAGCCUCAUCACACCAAAGCACACCUAGGGCACCCUGGCAACGAAGCAGCUGAUGUUCUUGCAAAGCACGCGGCCAUCAACAGAUUUAGAACAGAUGCAUUUUGGGAAGGAUUUCGGUGUGAAGAGACCCUCCCAAACAUGUGGACACAGUCCUUUUGGCUACUCUACCGCCGAGAUCUUCGAGAAUUUUGGCAUGGCCACCGGCUGAUUCUCCCAAGACCGCAAAAGGAGGCAGAUGAAGAGGUAGCUGCAACCUUGGCAGGCUGGCAGGACCAGAGGGCGCCUGGGGCAGAAGUGGCACUUAAAGGCACCAUAAUGUCCUGCAAUGUGUUGAAUAUUGCCCUCGCGGCCCUUCAAGAAACGCGUCUCAAGAAUCUGGCGUUCAGGGAUGAUCACUAUAUGAUCAGGUGCCACCCGGCUGAAAGGGGGCAUGGCGGUGUCAUGUUAGCCCUCAAUACCUUGUUCUUCCAGAUCAUUGAGGCUGAUGGUCAGGUGCGACGAAUUCAUGAAGAUCAAUGGACUGUGGUGGCAAGCUCGCACAGAUUCAUCUUGACGAGAUUGUGGACCGGCUCUGUGGAUCUCCUCAUUGCAAAUCUACAUGUCCCACACAGUGGGCACACUGUAGCUGAGCUCACUGAUUUCUGGGAGACCUUUCAACGAGCAAUACCAGAUCAUCUAAGAGGCAAAGAAAUGAUCCUGAUGGGUGAUUUCAACGCAAGGGUCGGCCAAGUGACUUCUACGGCCAUAGGAGCCUGGGGCGGUGAUGAUGAAUCCAUAGCUGGAGGACUCUUGCAUGAGUUCCUUCUGCGGCAAGGUCUCUUCUUGCCUGCCACCUUCGAGGGUAUACAUGAGGGACCUACAUACACAUGGAUCCACCGCAAUGGAGCCAAGGCACGAUUGGACUAUGUGGCCAUACCUUUGAAGUGGACUACUACCAGACUACGUACUUGGAAUGACUUUGGGCUCCAGGCCCAUCAACAUUUGCAUGAUCAUCUGGCUACAUGUAUGCAGCUCACUGCUACCAUUGGCGGAAGCCCCGAGCUCACACGGAGUCGUCGAGCACCGCCCAGAGAGAAAUUGGACGCCCUUCAUGGGCCAUUUGUGAUGCGCCAGGUUGUUGACACUAUGGCUCCGAUCCCAUGGAACCUGGACAUGCAUCAACAUGCACAUGAGCUCGUGAAGCGCUUCAACCAAGGCAUACAAACUGUCCUUCCUUUGAGGGGGCGCUUUCACCGCAAGCCCUAUCUUGCUACAGACACUAAGGAUGCUAUCAUUGUGAAGGCGGCCUGGCGGAAGACCAUGUUACAGCUGCAAACGUGGAUGAAGCAACAUUCCCUGAGGACAUGUUUUUGUGCAUGGGCACAAUCGGCCCAGUCCCCCUCUUGGGAAUGGCUAGCGGCUUUUGAACGCCUUAUGGGAAGGCAUUGGGCUCAUGCAAUGAAGCAUUUUCGCCAGGUGAGAAACCAGACCACCACUCUUUUGAGGAGAGAUGCCAACCACUUCUUCGAUCAGCUGAAGCAGAGUUGGGGUGAAGUUGACUGCAGUGGAAGCACUCGUGAGCUGUGGCAGAAGGUCAAGAUGUACCUCCCUAAGAUGCAGAUGAGACGAGAAGUUCGCAGUGCACAGCAACAGGAAGCGAUGAGGGAACAAUGGGAACCUCAUCUUUGCCUGUUGGAGGCUGGCACACCAACCCAAUUGAAGGAACUCUAUGAGGAGGUGCUUGCAAAGCCACAGGAAAAAGAAGAGAACUGUGUGCACCACUUCGCGGACCUCCCGACUCUCACAGCAAUAGAAGUCUCCCUCAGGCGCACUAAACCUGGGAAGGCUAGUGGCCCAGACGGCCUGGAGUCGACGUGGCUUCAUUGUGCAGCUGGGGCAAUGGGCACAUGGGUGUACGACGCUGUGUUGAAGAUGAUGUACACCAUGAACGAGCCCAUUCAAUGGAAAGGCGGCACCCUCUACAUGUUGCCAAAGGUGAUCCAGCCCACAGAACCUUCGCAAUUCAGAGGGGUGAUGCUUCUUGGAGUACUCGUCCGCCGGAUCCAUGCCCUAUUCCGUGAUGCCCUCAUGGCUCAAGUUUCAGAACAGUCACCACCGGGGCAACUCGGAGGAUUUCCGCAUCAAGAGUGCCUUUUUGGAAGUCUUUAUGUGCGCACUUUGAUGAGGCGCGCAUACCAGGCUAAGCUUCCCAGCGCCAUCCUCUUUGUGGACUUGAGGGCGGCAUUUCACUCCUUGGUGAGGGAGCUGGUUCUAGGGAAGGAUCUUGGCGGACAUGUGGACCUGAUGGCGCUCCAAGAAACUUUGAAGAAGGAAGGUUUCGAGGAUGACCUCAUACACAAGAUGACGCACUCUCAUGGAGUUCUUCCUGAAGGGCCCUUGAAGGCACUCAUGCGCGAACUGCACGGAUACACAUGGUCCACUAUCCAUGGUAGAGGCGUGCGCACCGCAAGAGGCUCACGACCAGGGAGCCCUUUGGCGGAUGCUUUGUUCCAUUGCUUGAUGAGCCCCAUUGUUGCCAAGAUUGAAACUCACUUGCAGGCCCGGCCCCAGCAGCGGCAUGCCCGAGAAACCCUUGGCACUCAAGCGGUACAAGUGGUGUGGGCUGACGAUUUAGCCGUACCACUCCUUGCUAUGAGCAACGCUGGGAUGGAGGCAGAGAUCAAGUAUGCCUUCGGUGUUGUCUUUGACAUUUUCCAUGAAUAUGGCAUGACGCUCAAUACGAGCAGGGGCAAAACAGAAGUUUUAGUGACUUAUGCAGGUCCAGAAGCCCGUGCCUUCCCAGAAAGACUUCGAAGAGAGCCCCAGAUGACUGUGCAGGUGGGAACAUCGUCAUCUACCAUGUGCCUUGUCUUGGGGAAUGCAUAUAAGCACUUGGGGACUACCAUGGCCGCGGCAGGACGUCUCCACCUUGAGGUCAAGCGCAGAGUAGGACAGGCAUGGGGUGCAUUUCGUCAACUUGCUCGGCCAGUCUUUUUGAACAAGGCUCUCAAGGAAUCCACACGCAUUUUCCUGCUGGAGACAUUGGUUUUCACUAAGCUGCUUUAUGGAUGUGGCAGUUGGAAUGGCCUAACUCUAGCGGAUGAGCACAAACUUUCGGUCUGCUACUUGGGUUUGCUUAGGCGGACUCUGGGACAGGUGAAGACUCAUGAUGCUGAGGUUCUUAGUGACUUGGCCAUCUUGCAGCGGACGGGAUGUGCACCGAUUAUGGUGCGGAUCUCGCGACAACGAUUUCUUCUCGUUGCACGGGUGGCUCGCUUUGCACCGUCCUUUGUGCACGAGGAGUUGCUCCGGGAAGAGGCCGAGAUGGCGCAAAGCUGGCGAGGCAUGGUGACGGAGGACCUCGGAUGGCUUCAUGCCAUGGUGGAUCUCUCGACGUGGGGGACUACUUUGCCGGCGCUUUGGGAGGCUUGGCAGCAUCAGAAACCAGGUUGGCAACAUGUGCUGCGGAAAGCAGUGCAAAAAUACCGGUGCAUCAUGCAUCUUUUGCACACUGCGCCUGUGGAGCGUGGUGAAGAAGAGGAAACUCUUCAGGACCUCUGGAUGAAGGUGCACUGCAAAUGCCACUGCGGGCAAGGUUUUGCCUCCUUGAAAGCGCUGCGAAUGCAUCAGACGACAGCCCAUUCAUGGCGCACGCCAAUCUCGGGAUACCUCCACGGGGCAACCUGUCCAGUCUGCCUUAGGCACUACUGGACGAAGAAUCGCCUUCGAAUUCACUUGAGGUAUGUCUCCCGGAAGGGCAUUGGCAACAUUUGUGCUUCAUGGCUGCAAACCUUUGGGGUGAGCGAAGAAGCGCGUGAGGGCCUCCCCGCAGAUUCUUUUGUGGCCCUGAAAGGGGCAUGCAGAGUGGAGGCAGUGCAGCUCCAUGGACCUCGGGUUUUUGGAGCCACCGUUGACGAUGUCACCACUUUGGAGCAGAACUUUCUCGACCUCAAAGAAGAGCUUGAGAGAUCUGGGGUCUCCUUCCAUCCGGACCCUGACUUCUUACAAGCUAUCGGAGAGGAAUGCGCUCAGGCUGCUGCCACUGGAAAUGCAGUGCAAACCUUCUACCAGCAAUGGGAAGAUGUGGACAUGGGCAUUUUGCUCGGCAUGGUCUUCCUAUGGGGCACGCAGGGCGACCUUGAUGAGAGGGGCAUGCAUUGGUGGAGGACUUGCCUGAUGUCUGAACCGCAGGGUAGGACUCUUGUGCAGUUGCAUGACUGGGCCGUCAUGAUCCAAAAAGCAUGGCAGGUCCACAAUGAGCGGCCGUCCCGGCCGCCCUAUCGCGGCCCACAGAAAGGCUUCGUGAAUGCACACACCCACAGCACACAGAUGCUUGGGCGAGGGCUUGUGUCUCCGCUGCCCCUGGACUUGUGGAUCUUGCAGAUGUUGGCGGUCACAGGUGCUGCUGUGGAGAAGUUCGAGUCCCGAGCCAAGGCGGCGUAUGUGGCUGCGCUCUUCUGUGGGGUCGAAUGCCUCAUGUCAGGCGGGCGGAUCAUUGCUUCAUGCUGA